CGGAGCAGGAAAACAGAAACACAGAGAGAAACAGACCCGAAAUGUCUUUUAAAAGCUUCUUAAAAGCCGAGCAGGAGUUUUACGAGCUGAAGUGUCGAGCGGCGGAGUAUUACAGAGCCAACCGAGUCCCGCAGACCUUAGAGGGGCUUUUAAAUCAGCUGUUCGAGGAGAAACCCGGUGAUGUUUACGGAUACAUGGCGAAUUACUUCUCCAGGUUGGCUCACGCUCCUGUGAUCAGUUCCAUUGUGGGCUGGGAGGUGUAUGACAGCAGAGGGGAAGUAGCGCUGCAGGCAGACGUGUACUGCGUGGUCAGGAACGAAGAAAAGUUGGUGUGCAGUGCAGUGAUUACUGGUGCUGAUGAUGAUGGGGUGGAGUCAAGGGAUGCGGUUGCUGACCAUCAGCAGGCGUCUGUGGCGACAGCGCUGGAGUGGAUCAGAGAGCAGCUGAGUGCCAUGCUGUGUGGCUUUAACCCCGCCCACCAAACACAGCUGGACAAAGUGCUCAGUGAUUUCGUCAUGGCUCGUUAUCUCGAGGAACAAGAUGCUCAUAGCAGAGAGAGGAAGAGUGAGGAAGAGGAAAAGAGGAGUGAAAGUGCACCUGAGGCCAUGCCCCCUUUCCCACCUUCUCAAAGCAAAGACAAGAAAGGAGGAGAGAAAGGUAAGAAGCAAAACAGUGUGGACAAGUUAGUCCCUCCUCCAGAACUGCCGGUGCCUGAGUUGCCAGGAGCGAUGGUAGUGGCUGCUGUUUCACUGGCAGCAGCUAAAUCUGCUGCAAGCCUCUCUGCAGUUCCCCUCUACAAACACAUCAUCACUCUCAGAGACCAGGCUCUGAGUUCAGUGUUCAUGCCUGUACCCCUGCUAACAGUUUUAAGCUGUGGAAAAGCGUCAGCAGGGAAACUCAACCUGCUGGAGGAACUCAUCCUGUUGCCCACCAGGACGCACUCCCCUACACAGAUCAUCAGGAUGGGCCAUGAGCUCCAGAGAGAAAUAAAGAGAAUCGCCUCCACUGCAGCUGGUAAAACUGGGCCUGCAGUACUGGGUAUAUCUGAAGGGGGCGCUCUACAGCUGGGGAUUGACCGCCCGGAGCAAGCUCUCGACCUGCUGAUGGAGGCGUGUGCCAACCUGGGACUCCCUGUUGGCAAAGAGCUCCGGCUAGCGAUAAAUUGUGCUGCCCACAUGCUCAUGGACUACCCUAAAGGAAAGUAUGAAGUGAUGGUGGGGACUCUGAAAUCUCCAGACGAACUGGUGGACAUGUAUGUGGGGCUGGUUAGUAAAUACCCAGCUAUCACAGCCCUCAUUGACCCCUUCAGGAAAGAGGAUGUGGAACAGUGGCUGAAGCUGAGCUCUCUGAUUGGCCAGUCAUGCUGCCUAAUCACAGAGGCGGCGGUCAGUCCGUGUCCACGCUGGAGGGAAGCCAAACCCCUCCCCCCAGGGGUCACAUGGGUCACUCUGAGAUUCCACAGCGAGAUGACCCUCACUGACCUCCUCCAUGCCGUCUCAGAGAGAAGAGAUGGAGAGAGCAUUCUAGCGGUCAGCAGUGAAGAGGUCGGUGACGACACUCUGGUGGAUGUGGCUGUAGGUGUGGGUGUGACAUUCAUUAAGCUGGGGGGCCUGAGUGGAGGGGGGCGGAUGAAUAAGUACAACCGACUGCAGAGCAUAGAGCAGGAGCUGCAGGAGCAAGGCAUUCUGGCAGGGCUGCGGGCGAUGAAGUUGCCGUGGGAAGCAGAGGAGGCGGAGUCAAACCCAACCACAGACGAAAUGCCUGCAUGACCAGCUACUGUCCCCUCAACAUCAACAAAGAAGCUCAGUGCAACACCAUCUAUAUCAUACAUCAUAUGAUAUAUAUAUAUAUAUAUAAUCACUUUAUAGGCAUCCAUGUCAGAUCUACAUUUACUGGUCACUUUAUUAGGUCCACCUGCCUACAUCUAUAGUUGUCUGUUUUAUCAGCUCCACUUAUCAUUUACACCAUUUACCUAGAUGAGUCAUUUACAGAUCAUAGUCCAUCUAGGCCCUGUUCUUUAAUGGUCAGGAGCCUGCAGGACCACCACAGAGCAGGCACUGUUUGGGUCACUGCAGAGACACUGAUCAACUCUACUGGACACACCUGUUGUUACUCUACCUUGUAAAUGUGAAGUCAGAAAUGUUGGCUCCUCUCUUGCAGUGUAGUUUGUGUUGGUCAUCCUGUAGCCCAGCAGUUUGCCCAAGGUUUGUGAACUUCUACUAUAGUCCAUUAGUGAUCAAGUCUGCCAAUGGAAUGGUGGUCAACCACCCAGAUAACACCUGCUCUGUGGGGGUCCUCACCAUUGAAGAACAGGCUAACAAAGUAUGCAGAAAAACAUAUGGACUACAGUCUGUAACUAUAGAACCACAAAGUGCUCCUAUAUGGUCAGUGGAGCUGAUAAGAUGGACAGUGCAUGUAGAUAUAAGGUAGGUAUACCUAAUAAAGUGGAUAAUGGUGCCAUCUAUUGAAGUCCUGUUUCUAAAGCUGCUACGAUAAAUCAGUUUUUCAUACAACAGUUCAGCAGUAUUUCUGUUGGGCUGUUUUAACACUGUAUUUAUUACAUUUCUAAUUGGUUAUAAGUUAGCUCACCUGCCAACGUAGCUCAUUUCAUACUAAAAAUGAAAUAAAUAUAACAAAAUCAGGCAAUUCCUUUUGUAUUUCACAUUUACAGUCUGUAGUUAUUUACACCGUGACAAGCAAUACAGUCUUUAUAAAGUUGAAAUGUUAGUUUUGUCAUUGCACAUGUGCUUUCUUAACUCAAAUAUGGACCUGUGUUAUGUAAACAUUCUUUUUACUGUACUAUAUGAUGAAUUUAAACACUGGUAGUGAUAUUAAUUA